AUUCAGUGAUUAACCUUACUGAAAAUGGAUUUUCGACGCGUAUAAUAGCUGGGAAGUUAAAUAUAAGCCAAUCAGCAGUCAUUCGUGUUCAAAAAAGGCGAAACGCGGUACCCAAAAUUCAAUGAAGAGGUCCACGUCGAUUGUUGACCGAUGCAGAUGCGCGGCUUAUGAUGCAAAAUAUUAAAAAGGAUAAGAAUUGUAGACGCAAGGAUGCUUCUGCAGCUAUAGGCAAGCCUGUCAGCCAAUGAACAGCGUGUCGAGCACUUAAGCGUAUUGGAUACGCUUCCGAAUUAAAAAAAAAGAAACCGGCCUUGUCCGAUAAAAAUAUAAAAGCACGGCUAAAAUUUGCGAAGGCACAUAAAAAUUGGGAAGUGGACGACUGGAAAAAAGUUAUAUGGUCUAAUGAAUCAAAAUUCAAUCGAUACCAGUCGGACGGAAAACAAUAUUGUUGGAAAAAGCCUGGAGAGUCGCUGCAAAGACGGCACGUACAGGAAACAGUAAAACACGGAGGAGGAAAUGUCAUGGUCUGGAGCUGUUUUACCUGGUGGAGCAUUGGACCAAUAAAGAAAAUAGAAGGAACUUUGAAAAAAGAGAACUAUUUAGAUAUUUUGCGAUUCUAUCUAUUUGCGAUUUUGUUGACAAAUGCGUUUAUGAUGAGAGUGAUAUCACAUUCCAGCAAGAUGGAGAUCCGAAACACACGUCCAAACUCGUGAAGGAAUGGAUCCGAAAUCAAGACUUUAAGUUAAUGGAGUGGCCGGCUCAGAGUCCUGAUCUCAAUCCAAUCGAAAAUUUGUGGUCGAUUGUGAAACGACGAUUGGGACAAUACGAAUCGGUUGCAGCAAACCAACACGAGUUGUGGCAACGAAUCCAGCAAGAAUGGAAAGCUAUUCCGAAGGAAAUUAUUCAAAAUCUGGUGAAUGACGCGACCAUUUCGUUCUUACGUGCUGCUCGCAGCGGAGACAUUAAAAAGGUGAUUCAUUUUUUGGACAGUGGUGAAAUAUCGGAUAUAAACAAUUGCAAUGCAAACGGUCUUAAUGCACUUCACCUAGCUGCAAAGGACGGAUAUGUGGAUAUAUGCUGUGAGUUGCUAAAAAGGGGCAUAAAGAUCGAUAAUGCCACAAAAAAGGGUAACACAGCCUUGCACAUUGCGUCUUUGGCGGGUCAGGAAGAGGUUAUCAAUCAGCUUAUAUUAUAUAAUGCGAGUGUGAACGUGCAGUCUCUUAAUGGUUUCACUCCGCUUUAUAUGGCAGCACAAGAAAACCACGAUAAUUGUUGUCGGAUCCUAUUGGCAAAUGGAGCAAAUCCGUCAUUAUCUACAGAAGAUGGUUUCACCCCACUUGCGGUAGCAAUGCAGCAGGGACACGACAAAAUUGUAGCUGUCUUGCUUGAAAAUGAUGUACGUGGUAAGGUUCGCUUACCAGCUCUUCAUAUUGCUGCAAAAAAAAAUGAUGUUAAUGCAGCUAAGUUAUUACUUCAACACGAUCCCAAUGCUGACAUCGUUUCCAAAUCAGGAUUCACCCCAUUGCACAUAGCAGCUCAUUAUGGGAACGUGGACAUUGCCACUUUUCUUUUGAACAACAAAGCAGAUGUUAACUAUGUGGCCAAACAUAACAUCUCUCCCUUACAUGUGGCAUGUAAAUGGGGAAAGUUACCAGUCUGUACUUUAUUACUUGCUCGAGGAGCAAAAGUAGAUGCCGCGACUCGUGAUGGUCUAACACCACUUCACUGUGCGGCUCGCUCUGGUCAUGUAGAGGUUAUUAAGCAUUUGUUGGAUCAAAACGCCCCAAUACUGACAAAAACGAAAAAUGGUCUGUCUGCGCUCCACAUGGCUGCACAGGGAGAGCACGAUGAAGCAGCACGUUUAUUAUUGGAUAACAAGGCUCCAGUAGACGAAGUUACUGUGGAUUACUUAACAGCUCUUCAUGUCGCUGCUCACUGUGGUCAUGUUAAAGUUGCUAAGCUUUUACUUGAUCACAAGGCAAAUUCAAAUGCUCGUGCACUUAACGGAUUCACCCCUCUUCAUAUUGCCUGCAAGAAAAAUCGUAUAAAGAUAGUUGAAUUACUCAUUAAACACGGAGCUAGCAUUGGCGCAACCACGGAAUCUGGCUUGACUCCUUUACAUGUAGCUAGUUUUAUGGGCUGUAUAAAUAUUGUCAUAUAUUUACUACAACAUGAAGCUAGUGCGGAUAUACCAACAAUACGCGGAGAAACACCACUUCACUUGGCCGCUCGUUCUAAUCAGGCGGAUAUAAUUCGAAUUUUACUUCGCAACGCAAAAGUAGAUGCUAUUGCCCGUGAAGGCCAAACACCACUUCAUGUAGCUGCUCGAUUAGGAAAUAUUAAUAUAAUUAUGUUAUUACUGCAGCAUGGAGCAGAGAUUAAUGCUCAGUCUAAAGACAACUAUUCGGCGCUGCAUAUUGCUGCAAAAGAAGGGCAAGAGAAUAUAGUCCAAGUGUUAUUGGAAAAUGGUGCGGAACCUAAUGCUGUUACCAAAAAAGGGUUUACUCCACUACAUUUAGCUAGCAAAUACGGAAAGCAGAAAGUGGUACAAAUAUUACUACAAACUGGGGCAUCUAUUGAUUUUCAGGGGAAAAAUGAUGUGACCUCAUUACACGUGGCCACUCACUACAAUUAUCAGCCAGUAGUAGAUAUCCUUUUAAAAAGCGGUGCAUCGCCGAAUUUAUGUGCCCGAAAUGGUCAAAGUGCCAUUCACAUAGCUUGCAAAAAAAAUUAUCUGGAAAUUGCGACGCAGUUGCUACACCUCGGUGCAGACGUUAAUGUCAUUAGCAAGAGUGGCUUCUCCCCAUUACAUUUGGCGGCCCAAGUUGGAAACGUUGAUAUGGUCCAACUACUUCUAGAGUAUGGAGCUACCAGCGUUGCGGCAAAAAAUGGUUUGACACCAUUACAUUUGGCUGCACAAGAGGGCCAUGUUCCUGUAUGCCAGAUUUUGCUGGAGCACGGUGCUAAGAUUUCAGAGCGCACUAAAAAUGGUUAUUCUGCCCUUCAUAUUGCUGCCCAUUAUGGCCACCUCGAUCUUGUCAAGUUUUUUAUUGAAAACGACGCUGACAUCGAGAUGUCUACCAAUAUCGGGUAUACCCCGCUUCAUCAAGCAGCUCAGCAAGGUCACAUUAUGAUUAUUAAUCUUCUAUUACGCCAUAAAGCGAAUCCAAAUGCUUUAACAAAAGACGGGAACACUGCUCUAAACAUUGCAAGUAACAUGGGAUACGUAACUGUAAUGGAAUCCCUUAAAAUUGUUACUUCAACAUCCGUUAUUAAUUCAAAUAUUGGUGCGAUUGAAGAGAAAUUCAAGGUAAUGGCUCCAGAGGUUAUGCAUGAAACUUUACUUUCCGAUUCCGAUGACGAAACUGGUGAUGAUCUUUUGGACCAUAAUCAUUACAAAUACAUGGCAACUGAUGAUUUAAAAGCCCAUUACGGCCAGGAUCACAAAAACUUCGAUACUACAAACACUGACCACGAUCUAACUGACGUUCCAGUACUAAUUGAGAAAGAAAUACUACCCAAUGACGUUAAAUAUAAUAAAUCAUCAGAAAUGGGACACAAACCCGAUAACGUCGUUAUUGUCCGAUCCCAAGUUCAUUUAGGGUUUCUAGUAUCGUUCUUGGUAGAUGCACGUGGUGGAUCCAUGCGCGGAUAUCGGCACAGUGGUGUGCGCAUUAUCGUUCCUCCAAAGGCCUGCGCUGAACCAACCCGAAUUACUUGUCGUUAUGUUAAGCCGCAAAGGGUAGUCAACCCUCCACCUUUAAUGGAGGGUGAAGCACUCGUAAGUCGCAUUUUGGAAAUGUCACCUGUUGAUGGAGUGUUUUUAAGUCCAAUAACUUUAGAAGUUCCACACUAUGGCACCAUAAGAAAAAACGAGCGAGAAAUUAUUAUACUGCGGUCCGACAAUGGAGAAAGUUGGCGUGAGCAUAGCUCAUAUAAAAACACCAUAGAUUUAAAUCAAACCGAAGAAUUUCAUUCGGAUCGCAUCGUUCAGAUUGUUACUCAAAAUGUUCCACAUUUUUUUGCCGUUGUAUCGCGAAUUCGUCAGGAGGUGCACGUUAUUGGACCUGAUGGUGGAACCGUUUUCUCUACAGCAGUGCCCCAGGUCAAAGCUAUAUUUCCGCCUCAUGCGUUAACUAAAAAAAUUCGAGUCGGUCUUCAGGCACAGCCAGUAGACUUGGCCGAAUGUUCUAAGCUGCUCGGUCAAGGGGUUGCUGUCUCACCCGUAGUCACUGUUGAGCCACGCAGACGAAAAUUUCACAAAGCUAUUACGUUAAGCAUUCCAGCUCCAAAAGCCUGUACCAAUAGUAUGGUUAAUGCAUGUUAUGGAAAUGGAAAUUCAAGUUCGCCUACUCUUCGACUUUUGUGUUCCAUUACUGGUGGUCAAACUCGAGCAACUUGGGAGGAUGUUACUGGAUCAACACCACUGUCAUUUGUUAAAGACAGUAUAACAUUUACCACCACAGUUUCUGCCCGUUUUUGGUUAAUGGAUUGCCGUAAUAUCGUAGACGCAGGAAGAAUGGCCACAGAACUUUAUAGUCAUUUGGCCAAAGUUCCUUUUCUUGUCAAGUUUGUAAUAUUUGCAAAACGAACUUCUAAAACGGAAGCAAAAUUUUCAGUAUUUUGCAUGACGGAUGAUAAAGAGGAUAAGACCCUUGAGCAACAAGAAUAUUUUACAGAAGUUGCAAAAAGCAGGGAUAUCGAAGUAUUGCAGGAUCAAACUAUAUAUCUUGAAUUUGCUGGUAACAUUGUCCCCAUUUUAAAAACCGGCGACCAGCUGUAUACCAAGUUUCAAGCUUUUUGCGAAAACCGGCUUUCAUUUAGUGCUCACAUUAAAGAUCAAGAAUUUCCACAAGGUCGCAUCUGCUUUAUGACCGACCCGAUGGCAGGUCCGGAUGAAAUGCCACUUAAGUCGCUUUGUAGUCUGAAUGUAUCAGUGGAUUUUAAAACUAUAUCAAAGCAUCUUGAAAGGGAUAACCUGUAUAGUCUAAACGAUUGUUUAAAAGUGCAUGGAAAAUUAAAUCCAAACGAAGAUAUUAGAUUUGGUGUAAAAGAACAAAAUAUUAAAGGAAUUGAUAUUGCUAAAUCUGGUAUAAUGUCUAGUGACAUCGAACUGAUUCAUAGGGCUGAUGUAAUAUUAGGCGAUAUAUGUAGCCAUUUAGGAAGUGACUGGCCUCUGCUAGCCAAUGUAUUGGGUGUUUCCGAGUCCGAUAUAGAGCGUAUUAAAACUGAUUUGUCAUUAGACGACAGCGUAAAGCAGAGCAUGGUAAUGUUAAAGCUAUGGCUAGAACAUGGUGGCAUUUUCACGAGAAAUGUACUAGCUGAUGGGCUUUAUAAAAUUGGCCGCGCAGAUAUAGUGGAGAAAAGCAUUAAUAAUGCACAGUUUGGCACUGAUAACCCGGAACAGCGUUCGCCCACUGCCAGGACUGAAAACCUAGCCGAUUAUGAACAGCAAUUCAAGCAGCCUACAGGUCCUUAGCCAGAUCCUUCUCGAAGGAAGACGGUGUCACAAGGAGUAAAAACCAAUUAAUCUUAACCUAAACUGAAAAAUACUUAUGCAAACCUAAACACUUGAGAACGAGGAGAAACAAAUUUCAAAACCAGGGAAAUAUGGAUAUACCUGACAAAUGAAUCAGCGGUAAUCCUUAUUCGAAAUAGUCUAUAAUUCAAUUAAUCUACACUAAAGUCAACCGUAUACUUUGUUUUUAAAUAUACGAUUAUAUUCUUUUUGUUUGACUAUCAAAAAUGUUGGUCCAGUGUAUUAGACUUUAUAUUCACAUUGAAAUUUUUAAUAAAACUAUAUUAACCGUGUUAAAAUCUAGGGUUAAAUACUAAUACCUAUUAAA